UUUUUUCUUUUCUCCCUUCUCCCUUCUCCCCCACCCCGUCUCCUCGACAUUGCAAAUUCGCUGGCGUUUCGGCAGGAGCAGCAGCCGAAGCGACCCCGCGGCAGGAGCCGCCGCCAGCCCCGCUCGCUCCGCUCCUCCGGGCGUCCAGCCUUGUUUUGAAGGGAGCUAACAUGGCGACGGUGCCCGUCUAUUGCAUCUGUAGGCUGCCCUACGACGUAACCCGCUUCAUGAUCGAGUGCGAUGCCUGCAAGGACUGGUUUCACGGCAGCUGCGUGGGUGUUGAAGAAGAAGAGGCACCAGAUAUAGACAUCUAUCAUUGUCCAAAUUGUGAGAAAACCCACGGAAAGUCUACUUUGAAAAAGAAAAGAAAUUGGCAUAAACACGAUACCGGACAGACGACAGAGGUCAAACCUGUACAGAACGGGAGCCAAGUCUUUAUAAAAGAACUUCGAAGUCGUACUUUUCCAAGUGCUGAAGAUAUAGUCGUGAAAGUGCCAGGCAGCCAACUAACAACAGAGUAUUUGGAAGAAAAUGGCUUUGCAGAGCCCAUCCUUGUCCCAAAGAAGGAUGGCCUGGGUUUGUCUGUACCUGCACCCACCUUCUACGUCAGCGAUGUUGAAAACUACGUUGGACCAGAGAGGAGUGUUGAUGUCACUGAUGUCACCAAGCAGAAAGACUGCAAGAUGAAGCUCAAGGAAUUUGUGGAUUACUACUACAGCACAAACAGGAAAAGGGUCCUCAAUGUGACCAACCUGGAGUUCUCGGACACGAGGAUGUCCAGUUUUGUAGAGCCUCCAGAUAUAGUUAAGAAGUUGUCCUGGGUGGAAAACUAUUGGCCUGAUGAUGCUCUUCUGGCUAAACCAAAAGUUACCAAGUACUGCCUGAUCUGUGUGAAGGACAGCUACACGGAUUUCCACAUAGAUUCGGGAGGAGCUUCUGCGUGGUACCAUGUGCUGAAGGGAGAAAAGAUAUUUUAUCUCAUCAAACCAGCCUCUGCAAAUAUUUCUCUUUAUGAACGCUGGCAAUCGGCAGCAAACCACAGUGAGAUGUUUUUUGCAGACCAAGUAGAUAAAUGUUACAAAUGCACAGUUAAACAAGGACAGACACUCUUCAUUCCAUCAGGUUGGAUAUAUGCAACUCUAACACCUGUAGACUGCCUGGCCUUUGCAGGACAUUUUCUACAUAGUCUAAGUGUUGAAAUGCAGAUGAGGGCAUAUGAAGUAGAAAGACGAUUGAAAAUUGUCAGUCUGACCCAGUUUCCAAACUUCGAAACUGCAUGUUGGUAUAUGGGAAAGCAUCUACUAGAGACUUUCAAAGGUUUGCAUAAAGCUGGGCAACAACCUCCUGCUCAUUUACUCCAAGGAGCAAAAAUUCUCAAUGGUGCUUUCAGGUCAUGGACUAAAAAACAGGCUUUAGCAGAGCAUGAAGAUGAACUACCAGAAAACUUCAAACCAGCACAACUUAUCAAGGACCUUGCCAAAGAAAUAAGAUUAAGUGAGAAUGCUUCAAAAGCCAGCAAAGCAGACACGAGUGCCAACACAAAUGCCGAGGAGAUCUGUCCUGUGGAGAAGGAGGAGGCACCAUCACCCGUCCAAGUGACACCUCCGCCCCCACCUGUAGAAAAGCUCCCUAAAAAAAAGACUCCCAAAACUGUGAAAACCCCCAAACAACUCAAGCCAUCCAAACCCCCCAAACCUCCCAAGCCACCCAAACCCCCUAAGCCUCCCAAAACACCAAAAGUUAAGGGAGAAGGAAAAAAGAAAGGAAAGAAGGCAAAAGAAAGUCCACCUCCAGCCAUCCCGAAUCUCGACUUGCUGGAGGCACACACAAAGGAGGCUUUGACAAAGAUUGAGACGCCAAAGAAGGGGAAGGCUGCAAAGAAUGUUUUAAGUGUUCCCAAUAAGGAAACUGCUAGUAAGCAGAAUGAGGUGGAGAAGUUUGAAGUUCGAGAGCAAAAUAAAAGCAAAACAGAAGCCAAAUGGAAAUAUAAGAACAGUAAGCCUGAUUCACUUCUAAAAAUGGAAGAGGAACACAAAUCAGAAAAGACACCUUUAUCAGGAAAUAAGGACAACAAAUUUACAUUCUCUUUCUCUAAUAAGAAGUUGCUUGGUUCAAAGGGAGUCAAAACCCAGCUGAAUACUAGUGUGUUUGGAUCACUGCAGAAUUUUAAAGAAGACAAAGCAAAACCUGUACGAGAUGAAUAUGAAUAUGUGUCAGAUGAUGGUGAACUAAAAAUUGAUGAGUUUCCAAUCAGAAGGAAGAAAAACACUACAAAAAGAGAACUGCCCUUUUUAUCCGAUAAAAAAGACACUCUGCAGCACACUCCUGUUAAGAAGCCAAAGGUGGAGUCAGUAUCAUACAAGAGCGAUGACUCGUCAGAUGAAGAUUUGCUUCACAUUGACACAGAGGCAAAGCCAGGGCGCAAUUCCAAAGUAAAGAAAGAGAGUGGAAGUUCAGCAGGAAUUCUUGAUCUUUUGCAGGCAAGCAAGGAAGUUGGGGGUUUAGAGUAUAACACCAACAGUCAGCCACCUGCCUCACCCAGCACGCAAGAAGCAAUCCAGGGCAUGCUAUCGAUGGCAAACCUCCAGUCGUCAGAGUCCUGCCUCCAGACGUCAUGGGGUACCAAUCAGGCGAAAAAUAAUUCCAUCUCCACACAAAACUCUAAAAAAACAGGUGGUGGCAGCAACAAAAAUGCCGGCAAGCGGUUACUAAAGAAAAGCACAAAGAACAGUAUUGACAUUGAAGAUUAUGAUGAAGACCAGGACCACUUAGAUGCCUGUUUUAAAGAUUCAGAUUACGUUUACCCUUCUCUUGAAUCAGAUGAAGAUAAUCCAGUAUUCAAAUCCCGAUCAAAGAAAAGGAAAAGUUCAGAUGAUGCCCCUUACAGUCCAACGGCACGAGUUGGCCCCUCAGUGCCUCGACAAGACAGACCGGUGCGAGAGGGCACGAGAGUUGCCUCCAUUGAAACUGGACUUGCCGCUGCUGCCGCGAAGUUGUCACAGCAGGAGGAACAAAAAGGCAAGAAGAAAAAAAAUACCAAAAAGAAGCUGUCGACCAACAACGCGAACAAACCGGCUCAGGAAGGCAGCUCGCCAGAGCCGAAGCUGGAGUCACAUGCCAGCAGCCUCACAGAUCACGAGUACACCGCAGGGGCCAGCACCUUUGGGGUCGCCCAGCCUAACAGGGGAUCGCAGCCGAUGGCACCCGGUGUUUUCCUCACACAGAGGAGACCCUCAUCAUCCUCGCAGAACAAUGCCUCCGCCAAAGGAAAGCGCACGAAGAAGGGGAUGGCCACGGCCAAGCAGCGGCUCGGCAAGAUCCUGAAGAUCCACCGGAACGGGAAGCUGCUGCUCUAGCGGCGGGGCCGGCGGGCAGCCCGGAGGCGCCGCGCCCGGGGACGCUGCCGCUCGACUCUCGGCCACCGCGACAGUAAUCCCUUUAACUUUCAGCGGUCGGAGUGUACAGAAUCCUGCUAUAAAUAUUUUUUAAUA